GUUGAGAAAAACAAACAAGAAAACUAUAACUCUCUCAUAAACCAAAUCAAGUCAAUUACUUAACUAUGGCAAAUUAUUUUAUUUUUCCAAAAACUUUGAUUAUUCUUCUAUGUCUAAAUAGUGUAGUGCACCCAAUAGAAGCACUAUCACAACCAUGGUCAUUACUGGAUGCGCCAAAAGAAAUUCUGCAAAACCUUAUUCGCGACCCCUUAAGCCUUUCACUAGCAUCAACCGAUUUUGGUCACAUAAUUCACCAAAACCCGGUUGCAAUUUUUGCACCAUCUUCCACAAAGGACAUAUCGAAAUUGAUAAAAUUCUCAAAUUCCCUUCCUAUCCCUUUUACAAUAGCUGCAAGAGGUCAAGGACAUUCAGUUAAUGGACAAUCCAUGACAAAUGAUGGUGUUGUGGUGAACAUGACUGAAUUGAAUAAAGGGUUUGGAAAUAAUGGGAGUAGUGGAAUUGUAGUGUUUGAUAAUUUUGUAGAUGUUGGUGGUGAACAAAUUUGGAUUGAUGUUUUACAUGCAACCCUUGAAAAAGGACUUACACCACUCACUUGGACUGAUUACUUGUAUUUAUCAGUUGGUGGAACUCUCUCUAAUGCUGGUAUUAGCGGACAAACCUCUCGAUUUGGUCCGCAAAUAUCCAAUGUCCUUGAAUUGGAUGUUGUUACGGGGAAAGGAAAUUUGGUGACUUGUUCUACGAAGAAGAACUCAGAAUUAUUUAAUGGUGUUCUAGGAGGUUUAGGCCAAUUUGGGAUUAUAACCCGGGCAAGAAUAGCUCUAGGGCCAGCACCCAAGAGGGUAAAGUGGCUCCGUUUAUUUUACAACGACUUCUCUACAUUUUCUGGAGAUCAAGAGCAUCUAAUCUCAGUAAAUGGAAUAAAUGAAACUAAUGCACCAAAUUAUGUAGAAGGCAUGUUGUUGCUAAAUCAGCCACCACUAGACCUAUCCUUUUAUCCACAAAUUGAUCAACCUCGCAUAACUUCCCUAGUAACCCAAUUUGGCAUCAUCUACAUCAUUGAGCUUGUCAAAUAUUACGAUGAUAACUCUAAAGAUCAUAUUGAUCAGGAAAUUGAAAAUUUGGUUCAAGGGUUGAAGUUUAUACCUACAUUUAUAUUUGAAAAAGAUACAUCCUACGAAGAAUUUCUAAAUAGAGUCCAUUUUGAUGAGCUUGCACUAAGGACACAAGGGCUUUGGGACAUCCCUCAUCCUUGGUUAAAUAUAUUUGUUCCAGGAUCUAGAAUUUCUGAUUUUGAUGAAGGUGUGUUCAAGGGUAUUAUCCUUAAACAAAAUAUUACUGCAGGACUUGUAAUAGUCUACCCACUGAACCGAACAAAGUGGGAUGAUAACAUGUCAGCAGUUACACCUAAUGAAGAAAUUUUCUACAUUGUGAGUCUUUUGCGUACAACUGGGUUUGAUAAGUUGGAAGCAUUUCAGGCUCAAAACCAACAAAUAUUACAAUUUUGUAAGGAUGUUGGUAUAGGGAUAAAACAAUAUCUCCCACUAAAUAAAUCACAUGAAGAAUGGGUGGAGCAUUUUGGCCUCAAAUGGGAAACUUUUGAGAAAACAAAAGCUCAAUUUGAUCCCAAUAAAAUAUUGUCACCUGGGCAAACGAUUUUCAAUUAAGCAAAAAAUAAGUUAUAUGUGACUACUUUUCUAUUUUAUCUAAUCUUUUCAUUUUAAUUUGUUGUACAAAAUCUUUUAAGCAAUUAAUUACUAGUAUGUUUUCUAGCUUGUCAUAAUUGAAUAUAUGUACAUUAAUUUGUUUGUAUAAUCUGUACACAAGUGAUUUAACUAGAUUCAAUAAAAAAAAGUUACUAUAGAUCAGAUAAACUUUGUAUAACACAUGUUUACUAUAUAUUUUUGCUCUGAUUUUGAGAUC